AUGAGCAUUGGCAGGACAUCACAUGUUAAUGUUGUUACCUUAUUUGGGUUUUGUUUGGAGGGAUCAAAACGAGCUCUUAUAUAUGAAUACAUGUCGAACAGUUCCUUGGAUAAGUUCAUUUACUCAGAGAACCCCAAAGAAGUUUUAGGGUGGGAGAGGCUCUAUGAAAUAGCACUCGGGAUUGCUCAUGGCCUCCAAUACUUGCACUAUAGCUGUAAUACACGCAUCAUCCAUUUCGAUAUCAAGCCUCAAAAUAUCCUUCUGGACAGUGAUUUUAGCCCCAAAAUUGCUGAUUUUGGUCUGGCUAAACUGUGUCAUAUGAAAGAGAGUAAAGUUUCAAUGACUGGUGGUGCUAGAGGAACAAUUGGAUUCAUUGCCCCAGAAGUUCAUUCUCGAACCUUCGGAGUGGUUUCAACAAAGUCAGAUGUUUAUAGUUAUGGAAUGAUGUUGUUGGAGAUGGUUGGAGGCAGGAGAAAUGUAAAAUCAAUUGUUGAAAAAUCCAGUGAAAAGUAUUUCCCAGAUUGGAUUUAUGACCACUUUUCACAAGAUGAAGGCUUACAGGCAUGUGACGUGACAAGUGAAACUACGGAGAUAGCUAGAAAGAUGACAUUAAUUGGCAUGUGGUGCAUACAGGUAUUACCUAUGUAUCGCCCUACUAUAACACGAGUUCUGGAAAUGUUUGAGAGAAGCUUAGAUGAACUGGAGAUGCCACCACAGCAGAACUUCUCACUAACUUGA